AUGAGCGGGACUAAAACGUAUAGUUAUACCCCAGGUGGUACGGACUCCAAAGAGUCCCAAUCCACCCCUAGCUCGUAUCGGGUGAAAGCCCCGGUCGCUAGUGGCAGCCCUUUGGAUUCUGGGGAGGGCAAGAACCGCGAGUUAAGAGAAUUGGAGGAAAGAGAGAAGGAGCUGAAAGCACCCCCUAAGAAGGCUAGUGCAAAGGAAACGGAGAAAUACCAAGAGGAAAUGAAAAAAAAUCACAAGGAAUACAUGUCUGCCAAAAAAGACCUAGAGGCAAAUAAGGAAGAGCGUGAAAAGGUAGUGGAGGAAAUGAAUAGAUUGAAGGAUCAGCUGGUAUUGGAAGCGGAGCGUAAAAGGGAACAACAGCAAAAAAAUCGGAGAAGGGAUAAGGAGCUGGAAAUUAGGCUGGAGGAUAUAGAAAGGGGUAAGGCCAAAAUGAAGAAGGCAGGAAAGGGUUCAGAGAGGAACGAGGAGGAGGAAAGGGUUGAGAAGGAAGAUGAUCAGGAAGAAAACUCGGAUGGAAUGUCGCAGGAUGUGGAGAUGAGCGACGAAAUUGUCCCAAGCCAUAAAGAAUAUAGUAAGGAUAGGAAGGUUCAAAGAAUGAUGGAGAGGUACCAGAGAAUGAAGGAAGCGAAAGAAAAAAGGGAAGGAAAAAGGAAAGAGUUUAUUGAAAGAUUGAGAGAGACAUCUACCUCAAUCUCGGACUAUAUGGCUAGGGACGACGCGAAAAUAAGCAAGCAGUCUGCGGGGCAGUUAAUGAGAAGGGUGUUUGAGUACCAUGAGCUGGUUGCUGACCUGAUUGCUUCAAACAAGGAAUUGGAGGCGCGUUUAGAAGAAAAAGAGGACCAGAAUGAGAAACUAUGGGAAAUGAUAGGCAGGAAAAGUAUGGAAAGGAGAUGCGAGAAGGUAAUAAUGACAGACGAGGACGAAGACAGGGGAAAUGCUGACAAGGAUGGGAAAAAGGAAAUGAGGAAGACGUAUGCGGUGGUCGUUAAGAAGAAAGGGAUAAAAGAGGCAAAGGAACUUGAGAACAAACUGUGGGAUGUUGCAAGCAAGGUGAGGGUGAAAGUCAACAGAGUGAGGAGAGGUAAAGACGGGCAGGUAAUUAUGGAGAUGGCUACGGAAGAGGAUAGACAGAGAAUAAUGGGGGAAAAGAAACUAAGGGACAGCGGCAUAGAAGUGGAAAAGAUGAGGAAGUACUUCCCAUUAAUUAAAAUAGGAGGGGUAAACAGGGAAAUGAAGGAUGAGGAAGUGUUGGAAAAUUUGUGGGAAAGGAACCUUAAGGAAGAUGUAACGCAGGAGGAGUUUAAGAGUACGGUGAAGGUGAAGAUGAGGCUUGGGAGAAAAGAUUGGUCGACAGGAAGUGUGGUGCUUGAGGUUCCUCCCCGCCUAAGAGACAAGCUUCUUAAAGAAGGGAGGGUAUAUCUGGGAUGGAGGGUACACCAGGUCAACCUAUUCGAGCAGCUGAUGCGAUGCUUGAAAUGUUAUGGGUUUUCUCAUAAGGCAAAGGAGU